CCGCGGUUGCCUGCGCGAAGUGCGUAGAGCGGCACGAGACCCGCAGAAACCGCUCCGGCUGCGUCUCCGUCGCGCGGUGGCUGAGCGGCCGCCUCUACCGGGGAGACUUUAAGAAUGGCUAGAAAACAUGAACAUUUUGGAUUAAGCUAUUUGGAAGAAUUGAAUAUAGUUAAGGAGCGUGAAAAUAUAUGCAAAGAAACUAGGCAGGAAUUUUUGAAAUUUAAACAAGAAUAUGUUUCUGACCAUGGAAAUGUAAACAAAGCUUUACAGGAACUUACACCAUCAGGUCAGUCACUUCAGAUACAGUCUAAAACUAGAAGUCCCUUUCUAAGUUCUGAAAUCAAACAACUUUCUUCUGAGUGGGAUACUUCUGCAAUCCAGAAAAAAGUAAGGGUUUCUUGUGAUGAAGAAGAAAUAAUAAUCAAGAUUGAAGAUGCUGCAAGUCAGCCAAAGAAAUCUUCUAAGAAGCAGAACCAUACUGACGGUAAAAAAAAGGCCUUUCAUUCUGGAAAAGCCACCCUAGAACAUAAAAGUGAGAGCCCAGGAGAUGAAGGCGAAAAAAUGCCAGUAUUAAUAGCCUCUUUUGUAGGAACCACCAAGCAGAUGACCAUAUUGAAAAAACCAGAACCACUGAAACCAAAAUCUCCAAAGGUGCCUUGUGCAAAAUUACGGUUUAAAGAUCAGUCAAAAGAUAGCAUUGCUAAUGUUAAACAACUUGAACAAAAAAUAUUAUCACAGCAUAUAAUUCUUCCCUCAGCAGGGACCAGCACUGCAGACUUUGAUGAUUCCUGUUCUGUAAUUUCCAGUGUAAGUGAAAAAUCUAUGAGCAUUCCUAAAGAAACCUCAGAAUCAACUGAACCCAGUCGCUUAGAAAGAUCUUACAGUACAAAAAGCAGUGCUUCAUCUAGUAUUAAAUUUGCUCCAACAUAUCUGGAAGAAACCAUAUCUGAAAUUAGAGUAGGUUUUUCAAAAUCACGUUUGAAAUCUUCAUACAGCAAGUCACACCUAUCUCAUUCCAUUUCAAAGAUGCCUUCUGGAAUUGUUUCACGAUCUAUUGAUGAAAUAAUCGAAUCUCUAAAGUCUACUGUUCCCACUGCAUCAGACUUAAAGAUCAAAGAACUCUUGGAGAGUAUUCUUGGUCAGGAUUAUCUCCUAAAAAUUCAACAGUCAACUAUCAAAAAAGAAAUGCAGCCAAGUGAACUGGAAUUACCAGCUAUACGAAUGGCACCAGUGGAAAGUGACAGUAUGAAAUUGAAGCCAUCUCAAAUUAGAAAGGAUCGAUUUGUAUCUCAAUCUGCAUAUCAAGGUAUACAACUGAUACCAGAAGAUUCAGAGCAAUCAAUACCUGAAAGCUCCCAGUCAAGGUCCAUUUCCUUCAGUGCACAGCGGCAAUCAUCUGAAGUGAGAGAAUACAUUGCUGGAAUUGAGGUUCCAGAUGUAGUAAUUCAAACAGCUACAGAAGAAUCAGAUUCUGCCUUUAAAAUAGUUUCACCAGAGCAACAAAGCAUACAUGAAAGUGAAGAUUAUUUAUCUUCAGAGGCUGAAGUGACAUUAGAAUCAAUUGCUGAAAAGUCUAAAAAAUUGCUGCUUGUCCCUACUGAAGAAACAUUAGAAGACUUUGCAUCUUCAGGCAAGGACUUGAUAAUACAAGGAAAAGCAUUUCCAAAGGCUAGACCAGUUGAAACUCAGAAGAAGGUAGAAGACCUUCAGUAUCAACAACCAGUAUCUCUCCUUUCUACAUGGACUACGAAGAUCAAAGAUGUGGAUUACCCACUUAUUCAUCUUCUAUGUACCACCUCUCCUGGAUUUGUGUUGCCCACUAAUCUGCAGCUAGUUUCUAGAGUACAUCAUACUCUAGACAAACAUGGUCAUGAUAUUUCAUUACCACCUAUUAAUUUUGACUGCCACAAUUCUGAAGACCUAUUCCCAGUAACUGCUGCCAUUGAGAAACAAAUCUUCAGAGAAAGGAUUUAUAAUGAAGGACUUUCCAUUUCUGAGGUAUACCAAAGCAGUCAAGAAGAUGGAAUUCAAGUUUUACCUCCAAGGUCACCAAGAAGUAUGCCUGAGUGGCAAAGAAUAGCUGAAUUCUAUGUCGAAAAGCCUCAGCUGAAAUUAUUAGGAAAAAAGAUGAAACUUCAGCCUGGAUCUCUUAAAAUGUUUUGGACUCCAGCUCCCCAUAAAUUUUCUGCUCCUCUUUCUGUUAUGAAGGAAAUCUUGUUUUCCAAGUAUGAGAGCAAUUUGGUUCAUGGGGUUAUUUAUGAAGAUUUUUCCAUUGAUCUUCAAGAGAAAGAAAAAGCAGAAGGCGAAGAUGAUUUUGACUAUUUAUUUUCUAAUAUUAGUGCAUAUGGAAGACGUGGUUCCUUUUCAGAACUUGUGUUUCCCAAAACUACAGUAAAGGAUGAAGACAUUAGAUAUAAACGUUUGGUUAAAAGGCCAAAUAGUGCACCAGAAUUGUCCUCAUACAGAGACAAAACACUUAUAAAGAUUUCUUCAAGUUUCAAAACUCUUAUGGAAGAGCUUGAUAUCAUGAGCAAGCAUGUUCCUUUAACAAUACCUAAUGCUGCAGUAUCAGAACCUGAAACUUCUCUAGAAAAGCAUACUUUUGCUGCUAACCUUUCAGGAAUUAAUUUUCACUCUUCAAAAGCACCUGUAGAUCCAGAGAAAGAUUCUGGUGAAACAGUUAUGGGAAAUACGCUAAAAAUUCCUAAAGGAAAUCUUUUUGAACCAGAGCCUGCUGAAGGUCUCCUAGAUCAGACUGCUCUUGCUGAUGAAUGUCGAAAAGCUGGAAUUAAGUACAUCAUUUUCCCAAAGAAAAAAAAAAGAUCAACGAAAGUAGGGAAAAGUAUUACUCCCAAAGUAUUGGAUAGUAUAUUUGAAAAAUUAAAUCAACCUCCAAGGAUUCUUAAAAGGUCUGUGUCUCUGACUCUUCAGAAGCUUAAGAUGCAUAAUAAACACUCUAUUCAAAUAUCUCGAGCAAUUAAACUUUAUAGAAGCCCCAGCAUCCCUUGUUUGUUAAACUUUGAAACAUUUGCCAAAAAACAGGGUAAAGGAUCUGAAGAUUCUGAUUAUCUUUGGGCCAGGCUAUUGUGGAAUAAAUGGUUUGAGGAGCUGUUUGUUCCCGCUAACAAACCUGCUGAAGAUAAACAGAUGUUAGGCAAACAUGUUUUGGCACAGGAAAUGGAGGAUGCUGCAAAAGAAAAAGAACUACCAAACUAUGUGAAUCCUUUUCUAUUUGAUGGAAAAAAAGAAGAACUUGAACAGUGUGAGCAUGAGAUUGAGAGAAUAACCCAAGAGAUAAAUAAAGGAUGCGCUACAGCGUUUAACUAUUGUCGUCGUGGAGCAAUAUACAGAAAGAUUGGAAAAAUGCAGUCAGCUUUGGAUGACUUAGAAAAAGCGAUACAUUUGGAACCAUUUCUGGCUAAUGCUUAUUGGCACAGACACUUAAUAUUUGUUUACCAAAACAAAACUCUUCCAGCUCUAGAAGAUUUGAAUUUUAUAAUUAAACGCAAUGUAACCUAUACAGAUGCUUAUUUGUCGAGAGCUCAGAUAUAUAGAAAACAGGGAAAAAAUCACUUGGCAAUGAUAAAUUAUACUUUGGCACUGAGAUAUAGACCCACAGAUCCUGAAAUAUAUUACAAGAGAGGUGAAAUCCAUGAAGAAGAGGGUGAGUUAAUACUGGCAAUGGAAGAUUAUUCAAAGUGCCUUUACUAUGAUCCCCAAAGAAUUGAUGCACGUAUGAAACAUGGAGUAUAUUAUUUCAACAAAUUAAAUUGGAAUGUAGCUAUGCAUGAUUUUACAACUGUGAUUAAAAAAGAUCCAAAACAUGCAGAGGCAAGAACCUACAGAGCAAGAAUAUACAUUAAGCAAGAGCAAUAUAAAAAUGCAGCUGAAGAUUUAGCUGCUGCAAUUCAUUUGAAUCCCUGUAACUGGAUUGCAUUCUAUUACAGAGGUUGCAUUUUGAGGAAAAUUGAUCCGAAACAGUCUCUACAGGACUUAAGUGUUUCUGUCCUUCUCAAUCACAGUUUUGACAAUAUUGGUGCUUACCUUCAUCGUGGCAUCUUGUAUGCAGAAUUGAAACAGUGGCCCCUGGCUAUCUGUGAUUUUGAAAAUGCAAUUGCUUUGGACAGGAGUCUUACAACACCUUAUAUAAACAUUGGAUUGAUUAUGAUGUUGCAUUCGGAUCAGUAUUUUGAUGCUAUUCUACGGUUCACUGAAGCCAUUCGGGUUGAUCCAUUAGAUGUUAGACCUUAUUUGUGCAGAGCACAAGCUUACCAAAAGGUUCAUGAUUUAAAGAAUUCAGUUAAAGACAUAAAUAGAGCCAUUCAUCUCCAUCCCAACUUACCACAUUUAUUCUUAACAAGGGGACAGUAUUUACUACAAAUGAAGCAUUUUCAACUUGCAAGUUUCUGUAUACACCAAGUGGCAGAAAUGGACAAAGGAUCUCUUGGAUGUUCACUUGUUCAAGAAGCACUUGUGCAGUCGUUUUGUCAAAACUAUAACAAGGCUAUUGAAUGUGCAAUUGCAGCCACGAAAAACCAACCUGAGCCUGCUAUAUAUUGUCUACUUGGAAAAAUCCAGAUGAAAGCCAAAAAAUUCAAGGAUGCUCUUUCCAGUUUUAAUGAAGGUUUGGUGCUGCUAGGUGGCAUUGAAAAAUAUCUUCCUAAUACCUUUGAGGCUGCAGAAUUAUAUUUUUUAAUGGGCGAGUGCUACAUGGAGCAAGUUUUUCUAAUAGAGGCCUGCGAUGCUUUUACUUCUGCUGUCAGACUUUAUCCACGAUAUGCAGAUGCAUUUUACCAGCGAGGGCUUUGUAGAAUGCAGCUCCAACAAGCUAAAUGCAUCUUAGAUUUUAACAAAACACUUGCUAUUAUACCAAGGCAUUUUCAGGCUUACUUAAGUCGUGCUGCUUACUACGGUAGCAAAGGAAGAUACUCGAAAGCAAUAAUGAAUUGCACUGAAGCCCUCAAAAUUGAGCGACGUAGUGUGAGAGGGUAUCUUUACAGAGGAGUACUGAAAUUUUACAACAGGACUUACAAGCAUGCUGUUGAAGAUUUAACUAAAGCUAUACAAUUGGAUAAGAUGUGCACUUUGGCAUAUUAUAACAGAGCAAUUGCAUUCCAACAUUUGAAGGACUAUGAAUGUAGUUUGAUGGAUUAUAAGACUGUUCUUCAACUUGAACCAAGCAAGGACAUUGUCUUGAAAGUGCUGAAAAAUCGUGCUCUAAUUUUUAUAGAAACAAAACACUAUGAAUAUGCACUAAAGGACUUUGCAGAAGUGGCAAUAACUGAACAAAAAAACGCAGGAUUUUUGAAUGCUAUUGGACUUUGCUAUCACAGACUUCAGAAAUAUGAAGAAGCUGUGGAAUCAUUUUCUAAAGUUCUUAAACUCAACCCCUUUUGUUUGGAUGCCUACAUUGGUCGAGGAAAUGCAUACCUGGAAUAUGGUCAUAGCAAAGGCACCAGACAAGCCCUAAAGGAUUUCUUGACAGCAGUACAUAUCAAUCCAGUGUGCAUAAAGGCUAGACUUUGCUUAGGAUACAGCUUGCAGGCUCUUGGAAAAUUUCAGAAAGCGUGGACUCAGUUUUCAGCAGCCAUUCAUUGUGAUCCUAGUUGUCACAAUGCUUACGAUGGACGUGCUAUAGUCUGUCUGCAGAUGGGGGACAUUUUUGCCGCUUUUCAAGAUACAAAUGCUGCACUAAAGAUAACCACUAAUGCAGAAUUGCUUACGAAUCGAGGUGUGAUUAAUCAGUUCAUGGGAUAUUUAAACUGUGCUAUGCGUGACUAUCAGCAGGCUAUUGCCAAAGACCCCAACUAUGCUUUAGCCUAUUUCAAUGCAGCAAAUGCCUACUUUUUAAACAAGCAGUUCUCACAGGCAAAUGACUAUUAUACCAAGGCCAUAAAACUUGAUCCUGAAAAUGAAUCUGCUUUCUUGAAUCGAGCUAUUACAAAUACGCUCUUAAGAAAUUUUGAAGACGCAAAAACAGAUUUUGAGAAGGCAAUUUCCUUGUCCCCUUUGUCUGCAGCAAUAUAUUUUAACAAGGCAAAUCUCUACAGCAUGUUACAGCAAUAUGAGCAAGCCGAGGAAGACAUUUCAAAAGCACUUUCAAUUCAACCUUAUGAUGCCUUGCUGUAUAAACUCAGAGCUGAUAUUCGUGGCAAAAUGGGAUUGAUUAAAGAAGCAAUUGCUGAUUAUAAGAAAGCCAUCAGCAUCCAAGAGCUAAUCAACAGCAAUUGAAAAGAUGAACGCUCAAAAUAUUUAUAGUAUUAUUUAAAACUGGACAACAUUUUCUGCUGAUACAGAUACUUGCACUAGUGUUUUGUCCUUAUCACAGUUUUAAAAUAUGUACAUUUCUGUACUUAUUUGCACAACUUGACAAGAAGCAUUAAAUAAAGCAAAGUAGUGUUAA